GACCAGUGCUCCCAGCAGCCGUGGAGGGGGAGGUAAGUGCUCAGACAUUAAGCCGUUGAGUAGAGGCAUAUUUUGCAAUCUCUUGUUUAGCUACCAAUUGGAGCAGUUUAAUGUGCUUGAGUCCUCGGAGUCAGGGGUUCGUGGACAAAGCUGCCGAUGGAAGUUGUCAGGUAUUGUACUUGGAGCACCCAGAUGGAUCGAUGAAGCUUUUAAAGCCUAGAAUCUUGUCCUGAACCCAGACCAUUCAGAUAAAGAACUCGUGACAGGUGGCUGUACACUCAGCACAGCAGUGGUGUCCCUGAGUGCCAUGACCCAGGAGCCAUUCAGAGAGGAGCUGGCCUAUGACCGGAUGCCCACGCUGGAGCGGGGACGGCAAGACCCCACCAGCUACGCCCCGGAUGCGAAGCCAAACGACCUGCAGCUGUCAAAGAGACUGCCCCCCUGCUUCAGCCACAAGAUGUGGGUCUUCUCCGUGUUGAUGGGGAGCUGCCUCCUCGUGACCUCGGGGUUUUCGCUGUACCUGGGGAAUGUGUUCCCUGCCGAGAUGGAUUACUUGCGCUGCGCUGCAGGCUCUUGUAUCCCCUCGGCAAUUGUGAGCUUCACUGUCUCCAGGAGGAACGCCAACGUGAUUCCCAACUUUCAGAUAUUGUUUGUUUCCACAUUUGCUGUGACCACGACGUGUUUAAUUUGGUUUGGAUGCAAACUAGUCCUGAACCCAUCCGCAAUAAACAUCAACUUCAACCUCAUCCUGCUGCUCCUGCUGGAGCUGCUCAUGGCGGCCACGGUGAUCAUCUCCGCACGGUCCAGCGAGGAGUACUGCAAGAAGAAGAAGGUCUCCAUGGCUGACAGCACCAACAUUUUGGAAGAAGUGCCGUUUCCCGCUCGGGUCCUCAAAUCUUACUCAGUGGUCGAGGUGAUCGCAGGCGUCUCUGCUGUCCUCGGGGGGAUCAUUGCUCUGAACGUGGACGACUCGGUCUCCGGCCCACACCUCUCGGUGACAUUCUUUUGGAUCCUAGUGGCGUGCUUUCCAAGUGCCAUUGCCAGUCAUGUGACAGCAGAGUGUCCUAGCAAGUGUCUGGUGGAGGUGCUGAUUGCCAUAAGCAGCCUCACAUCUCCGCUGCUGUUCACAGCCUCCGGAUAUCUGUCGUUCAGCGUCAUGAGAAUCGUGGAGAUGUUUAAAGAUUACCCGCCAGCCAUAAAACCUUCCUACGACGUGCUCCUGCUGCUGCUGCUGCUGGUGCUUCUGCUGCAGGCCGGCCUCAACACGGGCACCGCCAUCCAGUGUGUGCUCUUCAAGGUCAGCACAAGGCUGCAGGGCGCGUCCUGGGACACCCCGAGCUGCCCACAGGAACGCCUGGCUGGGGAGCAGGUGUCCAGGAGCCCCCUGAAGGAGUUUGACAAGGAGAAGGCCUGGAGAGCCGUCGUGGUGCAAAUGGCCCAGUGACCCCCAGACGGGGAACUGGGCAGCAGCGCCCAGCCUGGCCCCGAGCGCAGAAAUGCAGAGCCCCUAAUCGCCCUGAGCUGCUGCCUCUAACACCUCCCUUUCCCUUGUGCAAGGGCAGACCAGGCUGCAGGUGGGGUUUUCAAUUCCUAGGGUAGUUUAAUUGUAAAAUAGGCCAACGUUGGCUAUUCUGUGCCUCAGAUCAGUCGGAUCCAAACGGCUCCCAUGUCCUAAUAGCAGGAGCGUGGCCGCAGCUUCCCAGGCCGAGGAAGAGCCCUGGUUCAGCCUCUGAGAGCCCCCCUGAGCAGACCCCAGCCCGGCUCUCUUGUAGCUUGGGCUGGAGUGGACUCUCCGACCGUGGUCUCCGAGUCUCCUGCCCACUCUGACCCAGCUUCCUCCCUCCACUCUUGGUCUAUCCCAGGUGCUCAGUCAGCCCGGUGGGACCUUACCCACUUCCCUUUGAGGUGCACCUGCCCCAGGCUCAGCCUGCCCAGCAGCGCUUCCUGGACAGUGGGAGCAAGGCUGGGCGCUGCUGUCCUGGCUGGAGAGCCUCGGGGGCCGCUCCUCCAGAGCCCAGGGCCAAGUGACACAGGCUGCCUCCACUCUCCCAGGUGAAAUCCACACCGGCUUACCCGCCCUCUCUUCCCACUUAGACCCAGUCAUGCCGGGAUCCGCCUCCACACUGGCUGGCCUUGUCCCAGGUGCAUUCAUGCCCAGCUUGGAGUGCCACGUGACCGCUGCUGUGAGAGGCAGUGUUCUUGGGGGUGCCGACGAGUCUAAGGCUUUGUAAUCAGGUUGGAGAGUGUCUCCCUGGCCCCAGUGACAGGGGACGCUGAGCCCCUCCCUCCUGUGUUUGCUCCCGUUACUCAAAAUGCAGGACAGACCAGGCCGGAGCCUAGGAACCCUCCCAGGUUCGCCCGGCCCUCUACCUCCUAGCAGGUGCUUGGUAUUCAUCUUCACUGAUAAGGCCCAGGGCAGUGGUCUUCUCCAGCUCUGCUGUUCUGGGGUCUUAGGGUACAGCCCAGGUGGUCACUGCUAACCUGCCAGGCUUCGGGGACCGCUGGGUGUGAGAAUAGCACUGACUUUGAGUAGCGCCAGGGCCAGGAGUGGGUUUCCUUCCCGUCUCCUCAUCCCCCUGUGGGCGCCUGCGUCCUCCCAGCUGACCCGGCAGUAGAUCCUCAGUGAGUUGGGGCAGCUGUGAAACUGGCAGUGCUGCUGGUUGGUAAUUACUUUCCAGCAGGUGUUUUCCUUCACAAGGUCGCACAUCACAGGGGUUUGUUUCUUCCCUUCUGGUCUGAGAGGAGAGCAGCAUCAAGAAGACGUGAACAUUUCCUCUUUACUGCCGCGGGUUAUACUGACGGGUCCCCCAUGGGCUGCUGGGAAGGCCUGGAGAUGCAUUCUGCGGCCCGGGAGAUGCAGCUGGACGGGGCAGCCUGUAGACCCUCCCGGGGCUCUCACUGCUGAACAGGUGACUCUGGCUGCCGAGGUACCUUCAUGGUGUUCGUGACAAGUGGGAUCAUUAUUUUCAACCAAUCGAGGGGAAUGCAGGCCAGAUGCCUCCCCAGCUGCUCGGAGAGGAGGCACGCCAGGCCCUCUCUGCUGACUUGGGCCCGGAAGGACAGAGUCAGGGGCCGGCAAACACCUUGGCCACGCCCCAAACAAGCAUCACGGUGGGAGAGGAGAGGCCGCUGUCACGGGCACCCGAUGCAGACCCUACCCCAUCUGCAGGACACCCCUGCCUCUGUCAGCUCUGAGGCCAGGGGCCAGGUGGGGUCUGCUCCUGGGAAUGGGGUGGGAGCCACAGGGACAGCACCGGGCGGGCUGUUGGGGGCAGACCAGAGAGUUUCAGAACCAGAAUGAGGCACCUGGGGAGUUUUUACUGGCUCCACUUUCUUAUCUUAGAGAGCUUAACAAAUCCAGACAGAUGGGUUUAAGAGAACUGUCUCUUUCAGCCUACAUUUUUGUUUAAUACGCUUGAGCAAUAAACGCUGACUUGUAGACGUG